AUUUCUCGUGCUGAUUCGUUAUUAUUGGAGAAAAACUAGUUUCCAGUUUUAUGUACAUGUUUUUAUAGAUGAUUUAAUUGUUAUAUUUUAUUGGCAUAGCAUUUACCACGACUAAUUGAAUAUAAGCUUCAAAUAAUGAUUAGGAAGUCUGUAAGUUGAUAAAUCAUUCAAAAUUUCCAAAAAAAUCGUAAAAUAUUGGAGUAUGGAGCAGAACCGUUCUGAAAACAGUACAAACCAGCAGCAGAAUGUUCAUCUUCAUAUGCACCAUGUUUGCAAUUGCCAGGGUAAUGUAUUUCCAACAUAUUAUCCAGCCGUGGGCUACAGAAGUCCGGUUCCACCUUUGGUCACGUAUCAAGCUCCACCUGUGCCAAGGUCCUAUUUGCAGCAUUAUCAAUAUACUCAGUUCAACAUGGGUAGCGGUGGGCAAUAUUCUGUUCCAAUUACUCAUCACGUAGCGCCACCUGCCUCUGCUAUGUACAGUCCUGCUUCUGCACAAACAGGUCCUGAUUUAGCUUUCGGCAUUUCAAGAGAAAGAAAAGAUAAAGCAGGGUCUCAGGAAGGGAAUGGUGAUAGUAGCAAUGAAGGGUUAUGCGUUAGUGGUUACGAUUACACCCAGGUUACUCCACCAGCAAGCGAGCUAUUGUUGGGCGACAACUCUGAAUCAGCAACGCCAGAAAACUUUGUGAAGUUCUUGGAAAAAAGUUGCCUCACCGCAGAACAAAUCGCAUACAGAAACAGGAACAGACCAUGUUUCAGAAACAUUCAGAACCUUUGCAUCAGAACUAGGUCGGAAAUACUUAAACCUUGCACCACCAUAUCAAAUAUUCAUUCUCAAGGCAUACCAUGGGCUACCAAGGACUUCAUCUAUGCAUUCGUAAGGCUUACCAACUGCUGGCACAUCCUAAAGGGCUAUUGGGAAAAUAGAGACGGAUCUAGUUUGGGCAAAAUCGAAAAAGAGCUAACACCAGAAUUCAGAGCGUGUUACGUGAGAUGGGAGAAAGAGACUAUUGAGCUUGCUGGACAGUUGACUAGAGUGUUCUAUAAUUUGGAUACAAAUCUAGUGUCUCCACACAGCAACUCUGUCAAGACUUCACCUCCAGAUCUUGGAACAACGAAGAAGUGUCAGACUUCGGAGGACAACAGCAUCAGUUCUUCCACAUUGACCAAUCUUUCUCUCAACAAUCCUGCGAAGAAUGUGAGAGGCAUAAUACACCUCCCCCCAACUCCAGUAGUAACAGAAACAGUCGAUCAGGCAAACCAAACUUAUAGUGCCGAUUUCUUCAAAGACGAAGCUGGAUACGAUUCUGAGGAAGAGAGACGAGUAUAUAUGAAACCGGGCAGUUACAAUGUACCGAAAAAAGGAAGCAACGAAGGCGGGAACAUCACCAGUCCAAGGGAAAUUGAGUUUUUGGAGACUGCUCAAAACAUUAAAAAAGCACACACGAUGGCCAACGACAGAUACUGGUCCAGUGUUGGUGUAUCCAACAAAAAAUCAAGCGGGGACGUCAAGAUUGUCCAGGACAUCCCUACAGAGGCGGAACUGGAUCUGAACCUGACCGCACAUAUGAACGUUCACGAAUGGUUAUUGACUAGUAACUUUUCGGAUUUUGGUGAACAAUCACCUACUUCGACUCAGGAGCUCAGAACUUUCGACUAAGGUAUCUACGAACGAAUUUGACCCCAGCCUGCUCCACCUAAUGGGCUUGGACGAUAUUCCCAGAAAAGCGUCACGUCUGCUGAUAAGAGAUCUAUGAUAAACAUCCUCUAUCGUAGUCUAAUCAUAUUAGCAAAAUUUCCUGAAAUAAUUGAAAAGUCUGAUUUUAUUGGUGCAAGUGGUUCACGGGAGUAUUCAAAUCAUGGACGCAUAAAAUGCACCAAUUUUUGUGGGAAAACUUUUUAUUUGAGAACAAAGAAUAUGAAAACGUAUUUUUCGGGAUUCAAGUGUUGACAGGAAUGAAAAAACUUUUCCUAUAAGAUUUUUAGGUAUUUAUGAUACCUACAAAAUGAGACCACACGUAAACAGAUCUGAAUAAUAUCAAAAAUUUGAUGGCCAAAAAACGAGGCAACAUGCAGGUUCCUUCACUUGUUGGAAAUGCGACGAUAAUUUCACGCAACUAAUUGAAGUUCUUC